AUGACGGAAAACGCAGUUCUGACAUUCACAGAUAACUGUUUUAUCGGCUAUUGUCGUAAAUCUUUUCGAAGUGCGAAAUCAUACUUUUUGCUGAGAAAUUCUUGUGAAAAUAUUUCCAGUGUCAAAACAUUCAAUUGAAUAUUGCAAAAUGCUCCAGACAUAAAAUGCCGAUGGGAAAUUUCACGUCAACAUAGAAAAUUUGGAAUAUAACCUCAAACAAACAGGUGCUAAAUUCAUCAUGGGUGACGAACCUGUGAUAGCAACAAAUGAUGAUGCCAGCGAGUGUAAAAGAGGUGCAGUACAACUUGGUUAUUGGCAAGAUAGUUACAUUUCGUCAUUUGUGAGGCAUAUGGAUAAACGUGCACCAGAAAUCAAUAGGGGUUACUAUGCUCGAGUCAAAGGAAUGGAACGAUUCAUCCAAAAGUUUCUGAGCAAGGCUGGAAGCCUCGCUCAAAUAGUAAACUUUGGUGCAGGUUAUGACACUCUUUAUUGGCGUUUGAAGGAAGAAGGUAUACAUAUCUCCAACUAUGUUGAGAUAGAUUUUCCCUCUGUUACUUCUAAUAAAUGCUACAUGAUCAAAAGAAACAAGGAAUUGCUGCAGAUUAUACAUGAACAGGAUGGUGAGAUCAAAUUCAGUUCGACUGAUAUGCAUUCUGGUAAUUAUCAUUGCUUAGGAGUUGACAUUCGAAACCUAUCUCUGUUGGAAACCAAGUUGCAGCAAGCGGAAGUUAACUUUUCAAGCCCCACACUGUUUCUUGCAGAGUGUGUUUUAGUUUACAUUGAAAAUGAUUGUGUAAAUCGGUUGUUACAGUGGAUUUCUUCGCGAUUCAAGUCUGGACUCUUUGUGAAUUACGAAAUGUGUAAUAUCAACGAUACAUUUGGUGACGUCAUGUUAGGUAACUUGAGAGCUAGGGGUUGCAACCUGGCUGGAAUUUCCUCAUGCAAAAACUUAGCAACUCAAAAAGCCAGGUUUCAGUGUAGUGGUUGGCAUGGUACUAAGGCUUGGGAUAUGGUGCAGAUUUACUACAAUCUUCCAGCAUCUGAGAGACAGAGGAUUGAAAAAAUCGAAUUUUUGGAUGAGCAGGAGUUGCUGAUCCAGCUUUUCCAACAUUACUGCAUAUGCAUAGGUUGGCUAGGUCAAGAGUUUUCUGAUAUAAACUUCGAGGAAUGUUAAUUAUCAGAUCAGAAGACUGAUAGAUUUGACUUAAUACAGAGGUAGUGAGAGGACACAGAUGCGAUUCUUCACUGUAAAUGUUACUUAAUCGAAAAAUCUACGGUAUUAUCAGCCAAAAAAUGUGAUUUUUUUGUGAUUCCCUAAAUUUCCAAAUGCAUUAAAAUUUAUGCAUGUAUGAAAAUGUUGAAUUAAUAAAAUGACUCUGUACGCUGUUACAAAGUUGAAAUUAGUUAUGAAUAAAGAUAUUUUAUUGAGUAAAGUUGUCCAAUAUCGAAAUAAAUGCACUUCGAAACACAACAUAUCUGUAUUGAAAACCUGUCAUAUUCUGUAAAAAAAAUUUCAUUUCUCUUAUAAUCAACAGAAGUGUGGCUUGUGAUAAACUUAAAUAUAAGUUGAAAGUUCUGUUAUAUUUCAAAUUUUAUUUUUGGAAAAAAAAUUCUUAAAACUCUGUUUCUUUUUGUUAUUGGUGACCUCUUCUCUACUUCUACCUAUUUGUUUUUUUUUUGAGAAAACUGUGAUAUUUUUGAAAAAGGAAUUUUUCUGAAGUUUGAGAAGUAGUGCUUGUAUAUUGGGAAGUUUAGCUCGGUAGCUUUAUUCAUUUUGAAUGUUUUAUUUGUUGUGUGAUAUUGAUUAAUGUGAGUUUCCAAAUAUUGAAUAAAAUUACUAAAUCA